AUGGCUUUGAAACUUCUUUUAAGUGUCAUCUUUAUUCUCAGUCUUUCUUCUUCACUCAUACAUGCAAGUAAUACCAAUCAGCAGAGCAACUCUGAUAUAUACAUAGUCCAUCUUGAGUCUUUUCAUGGCCAACUUUUCUCUGACUUGGAUAGUUUACAAACGUGGCACCACUCAUUUCUUCCGCCAAAGAAAACAAUUCCAAAAGAUUCCUCCUCCUCGCGCAUAGUUUACUCCUAUCGCUAUGUGCUUAAUGGUUUUGCCGCUAGACUAACACCAGAAGAAGCAGAGCUACUGCAGGAAAUGGAAGGGAUCAUAUCAGUGCGGCCACAAAGACUGUUGCAUGCACGAACCACCCAUAGUACUCAUUUCAUGGGGCUGCACCAGAACUUAGGCUUCUGGGAAAGUAUAAACUAUGGUAAAGGUAUGAUUAUAGGAUUUUUAGACACUGGGAUAACACCCGAUCAUCCAUCUUUCCAUGACGAAGGAGUGCCUCCUCCACCGGCAAAGUGGAAAGGCAAGUGUGAAUUCAACUUUACUACGGCCUGCAACAACAAGCUCAUUGGAGCAAGAUAUUUCCAGGAGUUCGGAAAUGGGACGCCUUUGGAUGAGAAUGGACAUGGCACACAUGUGUCAAGCACGGCUGCUGGAAACUUUGUCAACGGUGCGAAUGUUUUUGGCCUUGCUAAUGGGACGGCUUCCGGCGUGGCUCCCCUUGCUCAUGUUGCCAUGUAUAAAGUCUGUGACGCUAGCACUGCUUGUUCUGAGAGUGACACAUUUGCUGCUAUGGAUGCUGCAAUCGAAGAUGGUGUUGAUGUAAUUUCUAUUUCCAUUGACGAUAUCUCUAGACCUUUCUGGGAAGACUCUAUUGCACUCUGUUCAUUUACUGCAAUUCAAAAUGGCAUUCUUGUGAGCACCACAGCUGGUAAUACAGGUCCAGAACAUGGCACAGUAGCAAAUGGAGCUCCAUGGCUUCUCACUAUUGGUGCUAGCACCACUGAUAGAAAACUAAGGGCGACUGUACUUCUGGGGAACGGUGAGGAAAUUGAUGGUGAAUCAGCUUUCCAACCUGAAGACUUCUAUCAAACUCUGCUUCCAUUAGUUUUCCCUGGAACAAAUACUAGUGAUUUGAUGGCCCCAUUUUGCAGUGCCGAGUCUUUGAAAAAUAUUGAUGUGACGGGAAAGAUUGUCUUUUGCGAAGCUGGUGGUAAGAUAAAACGACUUGAUAUAGGACAUUGUGUGAAGGAUGCUGGGGGUGCUGGAAUGAUACUCAUGAAUGAGGAGCCACAAGGCUUCACUGUACAAGCUGAACCUCAUGUUCUUCCAGCAGCACACAUCAGUUUUCUUGAUGGCCUGAAGAUCAAAGCCUAUAUGAACUCAACGGCAACCCCCAUGGCUUCGUUUUUGUUUAAAGGAACUAUAUUUGGAGAUGAUCAUGCUCCAGCAGUUGCAGCCUUUUCAUCUAGAGGACCUUUUCCAGAAAGCCCUGGCAUAUUGAAACCUGAUAUUAUCGGUCCUGGUAUUAGCAUCCUUGCAGCAUGGCCAACAUCUGUGGAGAACAAUAACAACACAAAGUCUACCUUUGACACACUGUCUGGCACAUCAAUAUCCUGUCCUCACCUUUCAGGAGUUGUAACAUUAAUCAAGAGUGCACAUCCAGAAUGGUCUCCAUCUGCUAUCAAGUCUGCACUCAUGACAACUGCUGAUCUGGUAAACCUUGGAAACAAUCCCAUUGAAGAUGAAAGGGGCCUCCGUGCUGACUUCUUUGCUACUGGUGCAGGCCACGUUAACCCAUUAAGAGCAAAUGAUCCGGGGCUGAUCUAUGACAUCCAACCAAAUGAUUAUAAACCAUAUUUAUGUGGGUUGUACCCAAGUAGAGCUGUUAGUUUGAUCGUUUUACAAGAUGUUAAUUGCUCAUCAACCAUUCCCGAAGCAGCACUAAACUAUCCAUCCUUUUCAAUUAGACUUGGAUCUGAUUUACAAGCAUAUACAAGGACUGUGACCAAUGUUGGCGAGCCAAUCUCAUCUUAUGCUCUGGAAAUUGUGCCACCCCAAGGAGUUGAUGUUAAAGUUGAGCCUUCCACCUUGCACUUCUCAGAAAUGUACCAGAAGAUAACAUAUCAAGUAACCUUUAACCGAUCAAUUUCAGGCAUUAAUGCCACGUUCGUUCAAGGAUUUCUGAAAUGGACCUCAUCCAAGCACUUUGUUAGGAGUCCAAUAGUAGUUUCCUUGGUGCCAUGA